UCACAUGUCGCAAAUGUUACUUUAAAAAGUCACCAAUAAACAUGCAUGCUCUAUAAAUAUGUAUCAGGACAACCACCUCUUUCAGUACUUUCAUCUCAUCUUACUCUGUACCAGUCACAAACUUUUCAAAAAAAAACUUGUGACUAUGAGUAGCUCACAACAAGUACUUCAUGUUGGUAUACUCUCAAGUCCAGGCUUAGGGCAUAUAAUCCCCGUAUUAGCCCUCGGCAGCCGCCUCGCCACCCUCCAUAACGUCUCAGUCACUGUUUUUGUAAUCUCUCCUGCCGAAACAGAAAUAUUUAAAUCCGCCGAUAAAUUGGAGCUGAUUGAUAUAGUUGAAAUACCAGCUGUAGAUAUCUCCAACCUUGUUGAUUCCAACACGAAAGUACGCACUCAACUUUAUGUACUUGUACGUGAAGCGUUACAUGCUGUUAAGUCCGCGAUAUCAGCAAUGAGGCAUAUUCUGGAUGCUCUCAUUGUUGAUCUUUUCUGCACUCAAGCUUUGCCAAUUGCUAAAGAAUUUGGAUUACCUAAUUAUGUGUAUAUCCCAGCGAAUGUAUGGUUUACUGCUUUGACUGUAUACUGUCCGGUUCUUGAUGAAGAAAUUGAGGGUCAAUAUGUUGAUCAGGUGGAACCGUUGAAAAUUCCAGGUUGUAAAUCGGUUCGACCUGAAGAUCAGGCGUAUCGCGAGCACAUGAGUUCAGGGGUCGAGUUCUGUUUGUCGGAUGGGAUUUUAAUGAACACUUGGGAAGACGCAGAGGCUGGUACACUCAAAGCGUUCAGGGAAAAUGAAAUAAUUAAAGCAAUCGUGAAUUCACCAGUUUAUCCGAUUGGACCGUUGACAAGACACGACCAACAAGUCAUAGAUGAGAGUACUAAUGAUGACAGGAAUUUUGUCCUCAAUUCUCUGGAUCAACAAACUCCUUAUUCAGUGCUAUACAUAUCAUUCGGGAGUGGUGGGACCCUCUCGUCAAAGCAGUUAACCGAGUUAGCUUUUGGGUUGGAGUUAAGUCAGCAGAAGUUCAUUUGGGUGGUGAGGCCACCAUCAGAGGUUGGCGCAGACAAGUCGUUUUUCACAACAGGAAAGGGGAGCGACGACACUCCUGAGUACUUGCCGGAAGGUUUUCUAACACGGACAAAAGAUUUUGGAUUGGUGAUUCAUAUGUGGACAAAUCAAGCGGGAAUAUUGAGCCACCCAUCAGUUGGGGGAUUUUUGUCGCACUGUGGAUGGAAUUCUAGCAUUGAGAGUAUAACAAAUGGUGUGCCAAUGAUUGCAUGGCCAUUAUAUGCUGAACAAAGACUAAAUGCCACUAUGCUUACGGAGGAACUUGGGGUGGCUGUUAGGCCAGAGGUAUUGCCAACGAAAAAAGCGGUGGAAAGGGAAGAAAUAGAGCAAUUGGUAAGAUCGGUAAUGCAAAAUAAAGAAGGAAAGGAAUUAUUAUUGACGGAAAAUGUGAUGAAACUGAAGAUGAGUUCAGAGAAAGCACUAAGUGUAGGAGGCUCCUCUAAUGCUACAAUGUGUGAAGUCCUCAAAGACAUUGAGAAUAGAAUCCAUGGUUGCAAGAAAAUAUGUGAGGAAAUAGUCUAUUAGGGUAAGAAAAAUUGGUGAUUUAGGCUAGAUGGUCCUAAAAUGGUCUAUGACUAUGUUAUGCUGGCUUAUGUGCUGUAAUUUGCAGUAUGCUUCGAAUAAUAUUUAUAAUAAAGCAAUCUCAUUCAAUGAA